CUAGGUCCGGGCAGCCGAAGAGUGUGGUAGGUAACGGUCGUCAGCGCAAGGGUCAUUUCGUCACUGGGAAGGGACGGCCCUUGCCCGCGGUGAUGGUGGUUAGUAAGAUGAACAAAGAUGCGCAGAUGAGAGCAGCAAUUAACCAAAAGUUGAUAGAAACUGGAGAAAGAGAAUGCCUCAAAGAGUGGCUGAGAGCUAAAUUAACUGAAUGUGGCUGGAAGGAUCAGUUGAAGGCACACUGUAAAGAGGUAAUUAAAGAAAAAGGACUAGAACACAUUACUGUUGAUGACUUGGUGGCUGAAAUCACACCAAAAGGCAGAGCCCUGGUACCUGACAGUGUAAAGAAGGAGCUCCUAUAAAGAAUAAGAACAUUCCUUGCUCAGCAUGCCAGCCUUUAAGACUGAAUUAGAUUGUGUUGUUUUGUGGUUUUAUUUCUGAAAGUAAAACUUGCCAUAAAUUAGGAAUCGAUUUCCCAAAAUAAAA